AUGUUCAUGUCUGUUCCAAGUGAAACCAAAUAUCCACCUGACGCUACAGACGAGCCAUUUCACAGCUUCAUUUACGUUCCACAUAAGGUCAUGAGAGAUAUGUGUGAACCUGGCAUGCUUAUCCCAAAAGAUCGGGAAUCCCGUCAGAAGUACCUCCAGUACCUCGAUUAUGUCUAUGGGACCGCCAAGCAACAGCCAGCAUUGACGACUCCUCAGGCCGUCGAAGUCACGGAAGAAGAUAUCAAGUGUAUCGAUCCACGGUUGAUUAUGAAGAAGCCUGGGGACAGUUUGAAGAGAAGAGGAAGGAAGCCAAAUGCUGUGAAAGCCAUCCAAGAAAACCAUCAAGGAAACGAGAAUGGAAGUCCAGAACUAAAGCAAUAUGAGCCCUCUAAUUUGAGUCCUAGCCACUAUGUGGCCCAAGCACCACGCUCUUCUUAUCAGCAUACUUCCAAUCCAAACCCUCUCGUAUGGACUUCUCAGGAAAGCUACCUGUCACCCAAAAAGAGAAACAUCGACCAAUUGGACACUAACAACCAAGACAUUACUUCCAAGAGGGUCCGCAUCAGACACUGUGUGGGUGCAGAACAGUAA